AUGCUUCGUGUGGUUCAGUCUUUACGGAAAGGCUCAUUGCUGAAUGAAAAUCAUCUGAGAGGAAUUUCCUCCUUCUCUUCUUCUGUUGCUGCUACACAUUUAUCUUCCAUGAAUGGAUGGGUGAGUGUUGAACAGCAAUCAUCCCGAUCCUUCUCUCAUGCUUGUUUCUUCCGAAAUGAAGCCAGUAACAACAACGUAACGGAAGCAAAACCCAUGGUUGCUCAACGUCCUAAAAAGAAAUAUGUGAACAAGAUUAUCAAUAAGCCUCUGGAACAACCACUUAAAUUGUGGUUCAAUCAAGAUAAAUGGAGCACCGAUGAAAACAAGAGAAUUGAAUAUAUUGCUCGAUUACUCAUGAAAUUCCAAUACAGGAGUUAUAAAGAAUUUCUCGAGUUGAAUCCAAAACAAAAAUCGGCAUUGGAACAAAUGGAGGAAAAGGCAAUGUGUGAUGACAAACAUAUUCAAGAACUGCUGGAAAAAGAGAAGAAGGAGAGUGGAAGUGGAUUUAGGUCACAAAUGGAAGAAUCGGGAGAAGAGGAGCCAGUGUUAAAAUUCAACGAUGAAGCUCUCUCAAAGAUCAGUCGAGAUGAAGUCACACCAAUGGCUGCGUACAAGUCACUCAAAAGCAGAAAAUUAGCAAACAGAAUUAUUCUCUCAUUUCCAUCAAAUAUUAUUCCAAAGAGUGAGAAGGAGGCUCAAUAUGCUCAAUUGAGAUUGAUUGAUCUUUUAGAAAAGGAGAGAGGAUGGAAGCUUGCUGGAUGGAAGAUUGGUGCCACACAACCAAAAGCGCUUGCCAGAUUAAAUAUUAAGGAGCCAUUCUUGGGACCAAUAUUUGAACAUCAAAUUUUGAGAAAUCCACGAGUUUACAACAUGGAAGAUGUGACUAACUUUAAUCCAAUGGUUGAAGUGGAGUUUGCAUUUUGCUUGGCAAAAGAUUUGAAGGCCCGUGACACUCCUUACACAAAAGAAGAAUUGAUUGAUGCAUUGGAGUAUGUCACUGGCGUUUUUGAAGUGAUUGGAUCAAGAGUGGACAAUGUGGAAAAUCAAGGAGGUGUUCUCACAAGAAUUGCCGAUUUAGGAGGUCAUAUUAAUUUGAUAAUGCCUGAAAAACCACCCAAAUACGAUGUGAAAGAUGCUGCUAAAUUAGCAUUCGAGAAGGUGGAAUUAUUAUUCAAUAAUGUCAGCCAGAAAAAGGCUCAAGGCUCAUUUGUUUGCAAUGGUGAAUAUGAUGCCAAUGAAACAAAAGGACCACUCGACACCUGUCUCCAAUGUGUGAACAGAAUCACAAACGAAUUUAAACGAGACGUUUUGGCAGGUCAAAUCAUUUCAAGUGGAACCAUGACUGGCAAAUCUCGAGAAUUAGAGAAGGGUGAUGUCGUACAAGCUACCUUCAAUAACCCACUCUUUGAACCAAUAACGUUUGUCUGUAAAUGA